AUGGCCGCUGCCGCUGCUCCGGUCGAAUCUGGCGACGUGGCCGACCAGCCGGGACACGAGACCUACUUCGCCAAGCCCGAGCACUUUUUUCCGCAUCUCGCCGAGCACGGGAAAAUUCCGACGGCGCAAUUCCUGAGCGCCUGCCAGGGAAUUGCCGAUUUCGUGUGUAAGCGCUCCAAAAGCGGGCAAUUUUGUGAAGGGAAAUUGAAGAUUUUCAGCAUUUCUGGGCACCACGUUCACUCUGGUAAGGAAGGACAUUCAGGGAAACGUGGACAAGGUUCGGACGCGGUUCGAGAAGGAUCAGGACGGCCAAAAGUACCUGCAGGACCUGAUCGACGCGGAUUUGGCCGAACACGGCGGCAAAUUCGGAAUUGCCACCGAGGGAUUGCUCUGGCUGAAAAGGUUUCGAAAAUUUCUGCAUUUCUUGGAAAACUGCCUAAAAAUCAUCGCAAAACUUCAGUUUUUUCUCAAAAAUUACAGCUGUUAAGUGAAAAAUCAUAAAAUAAGACGAAAACAGUCUCUCUACACUUUUUUACUACAAUUUUACUACAAUCUCUUUACUACUACGUCGAAAACUGGCGAGCGUCCGGCCAGAAAAACGCGCAAAAAAAAACAACUCGCAUUAUUCCCCGAUAAACCGCUUUUCCGUUGCAGAGGACUGCAAUUCAUGCUGGAACUGCUCGCCGAAAUGGUCGCCUCGUACAACUCGGGCGUUCCGCACAACAAAACCGAAGAUCUGAGUGGCGCGGUGGCGAACGCGUACGCGAAAUCACUGAAACGGCACCACGGAUUCAUUGCCAAACAGGCGUUCAAGGUAAUACUAAUCAUUCGAAUUUCGGGCCAUCUUCACCCUUGCAACAGAGCGCAUUUGCAUUAAAUAUCUGAAAAUCGAGCUUUUCUAGAGUUUUUUUCCCAAUUGUUUCGUUCAGGUGGUAACAAUGGCGGUUCCGUACCGUCACACGAUUCUGAAAGCGGUGGCACUGGGCCAAGAGGGACUGGACGACGUCUGCAUUCGUCACAUUCAAUGCCAUCUCGACAAUUUCCGGCUCAACGUCAAAACUCUUGUCGAUUAUUACAUCGCCAAGGGCCUAGACACUCCGGACGUUUAA